AUGUCUCCCGAGAACAACCAAAACCCUCCACGAGGAACAUCUCAGCCUUCGGAAGACGACGAAUAUGGUCCAUAUCCCACCUCUACCUACCCUCAUUACAGUAGCGUCCGGUCUAUUCCGGUACCCACGUCACAGCGAGACGAGGACGGCGGCUCGGAGGAGCCAUCCGCCGGUAUGACCUCCUCGGGCGUGGCCCUUUCUCCGCUCGAAAAAUGGGCUGUCAACGCUUCUCCUUCUCAAUUCAACGCUCUGGCUGGUGCCAUUGGUGGUUUUACCUCGGGCGUCGUCACAUGCCCGCUCGACGUCAUCAAGACUAAGCUCCAGGCGCAAGGUGGUUUCAAUCCAGUCUCUAAGGGCAGACAUGUAGGACACCCCAAGCUCUAUGACGGGCUUACCGGAACCGCCCGAGUCAUUUGGCGCGACGAAGGCAUCAGGGGCAUGUAUAGGGGGCUAGGUCCUAUCGUGCUUGGGUACCUGCCGACAUGGGCAGUCUGGUUUACCGUCUACAACAACAGCAAAGACUGGCUAAGGCAUCGUCAUGAAAACCCGUUCGUAAUCAGUUUUUGGUCUUCUAUCAUAGCUGGGGCUAGCAGCACGAUUGUGACGAACCCAAUAUGGGUCAUCAAGACGCGGCUGAUGUCGCAAAGUGUUGCGCACCGUACAGGCCAGCACUAUACGCAGUUUCCGAAGUCGGGGAACACGCCGACGUCCAGGCCGACGCUCUCUACGCCGUGGCAUUACAACUCCACACUCGACGCCGCUCGCAAGAUGUAUACAUCAGAAGGCAUUCUAUCCUUCUACUCGGGCCUCACGCCCGCCUUGCUUGGUCUCACCCACGUUGCAGUCCAGUUUCCCGCUUAUGAGUUCCUGAAAACUCAGUUCACGGGACAAGGAAUGGGUGCCCCCCUGAAUGGAGAGAGUCCCUCGUCGCACUGGAUCGGUGUCCUCUCGGCUUCGAUUCUCUCCAAGAUCCUGGCAAGCAGCGCCACCUAUCCUCACGAAGUUGUCCGAACGCGACUGCAGACACAGCGGCGACCAGUCGCGGGAGCAGAAUAUCUUCAAGGCCUCGGCAUCAAAAUCUCCAGCUCGGCGACGCCGGAGGAGGUGGCCGCGCAUCAGAAACAAGUGCAACCCCCUGCGCCAAAGUACCGCGGUGUCGUUAUGACCUUCCGCACAAUCCUCGCCGAAGAAGGCUGGAGAGCUUUUUAUGCUGGCAUGGGGACGAACAUGAUGCGCGCGGUACCGGCAGCAACGGUCACGAUGUUGACAUAUGAGUUCUUUAUGGAACAGUUUAAUCACAUCAAGGCGGAAGGGCGGAGGAAGCUGGGCCACGAGGAUGUGCCGCUUAAUGCAAGCCUGUAA